ACAAUGCGAGGCCUAAUUUUCUUCCCUUACUUCAGAUGUCAUGUUGAAUUUGUCCACUCCAAAAAUCUAAGUUUUUGUGUCCCAUUUUCUGACUUCUUGUUCUUGAUAACAAGUGCAAGUCCCACAUUAUUUACCUUUUUGGAUUAGUAUUGAAGGGUUGUAUUGACCCUCGAUUCUGAAUCAUGUUUAUCUUAAGCAAAGGCAAUACCAGCAGCAACGUGGGUACACCAUCAUUCCAUGAACUUAAGAAGCAAGCUUCUUUCUUCUUCAAGGAAAAGAUUAAGAGUGCUAGACUAGCUCUCACUGAUGUCACACCGGCAGAACUGUUGACUGAAGAAGUUACAAGUGGGAAUCCAUGGGCACCAGACAACCCUGCCCUUGGAUCCAUUUCAAGGGCUGCUUUUGAAGUCGAUGAUUUUUGGAGAAUUGUGGAGAUUCUACACAAGAGAUUCUCGAGAUUUGAGAGAAAGAACUGGAGGUCCUCUUACAAUUCCCUUAUUGUACUUGAACACUUGUUGACUCAUGGACCAGAGAGUGUGGCAGGGGAGUUUCAGAUUGACCAAGAUGUUCUUAGGGAGAUGGAAAGCUUUCAGUGUAUAGAUGAAAAAGGAUUCAACUGGGGUCUCGCUGUUCGAAAGAAAUCAGAGAGUAUCUUGAAGCUGCUUGAAGAAGGACCUCUUCUCAAAGAAGAGAGAGAGCGAGCUAGAAAGGUGACUAGAGAGAUUCAGGGAUUUGGGAGCUUAUGCCACAGGUUUUCAUCAGCGCAAGGCAUUCUACAGGAAUCAUCUAACGGAACAUUUGCAAGAAGUAAUUCUCAGUUCAACGAUUCCUGGGAAAAUCAAUUCUUAUCCCCGAAAGAAGAAAUUUUGAUCCAAACAGUGCAACACAAGGACACAAAUUCCGAGUCUGCCAAGAAAAGGGCGAAUCUGGAUUCUUGGGAAAGUACCGUCAACGUUUGCCAAAUGCCCGAGAAACCUGGAACAAGUCUCAAAGAAAACUUGGUUCCUAAGAAGGAAGAAUUACAUCGAUGGAACGGCACAGGAGAGGGAAAUCCCCUUUUGGUUGGCAGGAGAGAUGAACCAAGGAUUAUAGAGGAAAACCACCCCUUUAGUGACGCCGAGAACCAAACCACUGCUUCCCUCCUUUGAGCAAGAGAUGAAAUCCUGCAAGGAUUUUAGGAUUUCAAUCUUGUAGACAUAGCGUCUGCAAAUUUCUUUGUGCAUUAGUCAGUGGCCAAGGUUUGUUCCUGUUAUACGUGUUGCCGGUUGUACAAUUCUGUAACCCACGGAAAACACAGCGAGCAUUGAAUUUCUAUUAUGCUAAUAUAUACUGAGAUAAGAUGAGGUUCUUUA